AUGAUACAAACCUAUUUGACAGUGCAAUGCUUAUCUACUCGCCUUAAUGUUCAUCUUCAGAAAAAGAAUCGCCAUGCAAUCCUUUCUAUGUGCGAUGGCCUCGUGUUCGGCUCAACUUUAAGCCGAUCUCUAACGCCCGGCUGUCCCUUCGUGCAUGUGAAAGCGCAUGCUCGCUUGGCGAAGAUCCUCAGACGCCAGCAAUGCUCACUUUCAGGCCGUUCAUUGGAAUGUGCAGCAUUGAACCAUCACCCAUCACCAGAUGGCUACGCUCAUCAUUGCGAUGUAUUUCAACCACACCAGCUUCAGAAUGUAGAUGGUUACGUCGAAGCGGACGAUCGUUACUCAUUCUAUUGGAAGUACUGCCUUGAUUCAAAGCGUAAAUGCGGAGGCGAAUAUGCGUUCACGUAUCAUUCCGACCGCUACAUGGAUGCACGAGAUGUCACUCGAGUCGUAAAGAAAGGCAGUCUAGAAGAGUGUCUUGUAGAGUGUCUCGACGAGAAGUCAGUUCCAUGCCGUUCAAUUUCUUUCAAUCGAACGGAUGGUGGAUGUCACGUCUCUGCGGACAGCCAGCUUACCAAACCACAUGCAAUUCACCUCAACAAUAAUCCAAACUUCCGGAUCGAUUACUAUGAAAACAAUUGCUACAAUUUAUCCGACACAUUCAAAUUCGAACAGGAGUGCCGAGAAGAUGGGAUCCUUGUGAAGGUAAAAAGUAAGUUCCCCUAUACUGGAGCCCUCUAUGGACUCUACGAUUUCUUCACAUGCCGCAUCGAACCCAAGGGAUCGAACGAAUUCGAAUAUCUCUUCCCUUCUCCACACUCAUCAAAAAAUUGCAGCGACAGCAUACGAUUUCAGGCAGGAGGAGAUCAGAUGAUAUUAGAUGUUGUGCUUUCAACAGAUGGAAUUGAGCCAUUGUAUUUUAUCACACCAGAUGAUUUGACGUUUCAAGCGAAAUGCCCUCUUAACCUAUCAAAACCCAGCAGUCAAAGUGUUCAGUUGGUAGGAAAGGAGCCAUCGUGA